CUUCCCUUUGGGGCAAGUCUUUUCCUGUCGUGACCACAGUUCUGAGCAGAGAGCAACUGGAUAGUACAGUACAGACUUCUCUUCAAGUCAGUCGGUCCCAGAAAGAUCUAAAACAUGAGACUCUCGGCAAGAAUUAUUCUGCUUAUAUUAUGGACUGUUUGUGUGGCAGAAGAUUGCCAAGGUCCUCCUCCAAAAAAAAAUUCAGAAAUUCUCACAGGUUCGUGGUCUGAACAACUAUAUCCAGAAGGCACCCGAGCUACCUUCAAAUGCCGCCCUGGAUACAGAACACUUGGUACUAUUGUAAAAGUUUGCAAGAAUGGAGAAUGGGUGGAUUCUAACCCAUCCAGAAUAUGUCAAAAAAAGCCAUGUAGGCAUCCUGGAGACACACCCUUUGGGUCUUUUAGCCUGAUGGUUGGAGAUGGAUUUGAGUUUGGUGCAAAGGUUGUUUAUACCUGUGAUGAAGGGUAUCAACUGUUAGGUGAAAUUGAUUACCGUGAAUGUGGUGCAGAUGGGUGGACCAAUGAUAUUCCGAUAUGUGAAGUUGUGAAGUGCUUACCAGUGACUGAACCAGAGAAUGGAAGAAUUGUGAGUGAUGCAGCAGAACCAGACCAGGAAUAUUCAUUUGGCCAGGUGGUACGCUUUGAAUGCAAUUCCGGCUUCAAGAUUGAAGGACAGAAGCAAAUACACUGCUCAGAAAAUGGCCUUUGGAGCAAUGAAAAGCCACAAUGUGUGGAAAUUUCCUGCCCGCCACCACAAGUUGAAAAUGGAGAUGGUAUAUAUGUGAAACCAGUUUACAAAGAGAAUGAAAGAUUCCAGUAUAAGUGUAAGCAAGGUUAUGUGUACAAAGAAAGAGGGGAUACCGUCUGCACGAGUUCUGGAUGGAGACCUCAGCCUUCCUGUGAAGAAAUGACAUGUACACCUCCCUAUAUUCCAAAUGGUAUUUAUACCCCUCACAGGAUUACACACAGAACUGAUGAUGAAAUCAGAUAUGAAUGUAAAAAUGGCUUCUAUCCUGCAACCCGAUCACCUGUUUCAAAGUGUACAAGCACUGGCUGGAUCCCUGUUCCAAGAUGUAGCUUGAAACCUUGUGAUUUUCCACAAAUCAAAUAUGGACAUCUGUAUGAUGAAGAAAGACAGAGACCCUACUUCCCAGUACCUAUAGGAAAGAAGUACUACUAUAAAUGUGAUGGAGGGUUUUCAACACCUUCAAGGUCAUACUGGGACUACCUUAAGUGCACAGCACAAGGGUGGGAGCCUGCAGUGCCAUGCCUCAAGCAAUGUGAUUUCCGUUAUGUGGAGAAUGGAGAAGAUCCAUACUGGUCAAAAACUUAUUUACAGGGUCAGUCUGUAAAAGUCCAGUGUUAUAAUGGUUACACUCUUCCAAAUGGUCAAGACACAAUGACAUGCACAGAGAGUGGCUGGUCCCCUCCUCCCAAAUGCAUCCGUAUCAAGACAUGUACAAAAUUAGAUAUAGAAAUUGAGAAUGGGUUUUUUUCUGAACCUGAUUUUACAUAUGCUCUAAAUAGAAAAACACAGUAUAGAUGUAAACAGGGAUAUGUAACAAACACUGGAGAAACAUCAGGAUCAAUUACUUGCCUUCAAAAUGGAUGGUCACCUCAACCCUCAUGCACUAAGUCUUGUGAUAUGCCUGUAUUUGAGAAUGCUGCAACUAAGAAUAAUAGCACAUGGUUUAAACUCAAUGACAAAUUAGACUAUGAAUGUCACGUUGGAUAUGAAAACGAAAAUAAACGUACCAAAGGCUCUAUAACAUGUACUCAUUAUGGAUGGUCUGCUAUACCCUCAUGUUAUGAAAGAGAAUGCAGCGUUCCCAUAUUAGAUCCAAGCUUAUUUGCUUAUUCCAAUAAAGAAAAAUAUACAAUUGGAGAUUUGUUGAAAUUCUCAUGCCGAACAGGACACAGAGUUGGACCAGAUUCAGUGCAAUGCUAUCACUUUGGAUGGUCCCCUAGUUUCCCUACAUGCAAAGUAGAUCAAGUAAGAUCAUGUGCACAACCUCCUGAAAUCCUUAAUGGGGAAAUUAAGGGAACAAAGAAAGUUGAAUACAGCCAUGGUGAUGUGGUGGAAUAUGAUUGCAAGCCUAGAUUUCUACUGAAGGGACCCAAUAAAAUUCAAUGUGUUGAUGGGACCUGGACAACCUUGCCUGUAUGUGUUGAGGAAGAGAGAACAUGUGGAGAGAUUCCUGAACUUGAUCAUGGCUCUGUCCAUUUUUCUGACCCUCCCUAUUACCAUGGAGUUUCAGUGGAGUUCACUUGUGCAGAAAACUUCACAAUGAUUGGACAGGGGUCAGUUUCUUGUAUUAGUGGAAGGUGGAUCCAGCUUCCUCAAUGUGUUUCAACAGAUAAACUGGAGAAGUGUAAAACACUGAGGUCAACUGACAUAGAGGCAAUUCACCCAAAUAAGAAUGAAUUUAAUCAUAACUCUAGCAUGAGUUAUAAAUGUAGAGGAAAACAAGAGUAUGAAUCCUCAAUCUGCAUCAAUGGAAAAUGGGAUCCUGAACCAAACUGUACAAGAAAAGAGGAAACAUCCUGCCCUCCUCCACCACAGAUUCCAAAUGCUCAAGUGAUUGAAACCACAGUGAAAUACUUGGAUGGAGAAAAAUUAUCUGUUCUUUGCCAAGACAAUUACCUAACUCAGGACGCAGAAGAAAUGGUGUGCAAAGAUGGAAGGUGGCAGUCAUUGCCACGUUGCAUUGAAAAAAUUCCAUGUUUCCAGCCCCCUAAAAUAAAACACGGAUCUAUUAAAUUACCCAGACCUUCAGAAGAAAUUAGAGAUUCAAAUGAGUCCAGCAGCCAUGAACACGGAACUGAAUUCAGCUAUGUCUGUGAUGAUGGUUUCAGGAUAUCUGAAGAGAAUGUGAUAACUUGCUACAUGGGAAAAUGGAGCUCUCCACCUCAUUGUGUUGGAAUUCCUUGUGGACCUCCACCUUCAAUUCCUCUUGGUAUUGUUUCUCAUGAACUAGAGAGUUACCAAUAUGGAGCAGAGGUUACAUACAAUUGUUCUGAAGGUUUUGGAAUUGAUGGACCAGCAUUUAUUAAAUGUGAAGGGGAAAAGUGGUCUGAACCACCACAAUGCAUAAAAACUGAUUGUGACGUUUUACCCACAUUUGAACCUGCCAUACUGACAAAAAAGAAAAAAAAAUCAUAUAGGUCAGGAGAACAAGUGACAUUCAAAUGUCCACCAGGUUAUCACAUGAAUGGCUCUGACACUGUGACAUGUGUUAAUGCCAACUGGACUGGACACCCAGUAUGCAAAGAUAAUUCCUGUGUGGAUCCACCACAUGUACCAAAUGCUACUAUAGUCACAAGGUCCAAGGCUAAAUAUCCAUCUGGUGACACAGUACGUUAUGAAUGUAAUAAACCUUUUGAACUAUUUGGGGAAAUGGAAGUGAUGUGUCAAAAUGGGAUUUGGACAGAACCACCGAAAUGCCAAGACUCAACAGGGAAAUGUGGGCCUCCUCCACCUAUUGACAAUGGAGACAUCACCUCCUUGUCAUUACCAGUAUAUGCACCAUUGUCAUCAGUUGAAUAUCAGUGCCAGAACUAUUAUCAACUUAAAGGAAAGAAGACAGUAACAUGUAGAAAUGGAAAGUGGUCUGAGCCACCAACCUGUUUACUUGCAUGUGUAAUAUCAGAAGAUAUUAUGGAAAGACAUAACCUAGUUCCAAGAUGGAUAGAAAAUCAAAAGAUUUAUUCCAAAUCAGGGGAGGAUAUUGAAUUUAUGUGUAAACCUGGAUACAGGAGAAAAAGAGGAUCUGCUCCAUUUCGUACAAAGUGCACUGAUGGUCACAUCAAUUAUCCUACUUGUGAAUAAAAUCACAGUACAAUUAUUAGUAAAUCUUAUGUAUGAACCUUUGUUUAAAAAUGCACAUGCAUAUUACUAAUACAGUGUCAAUUUUCAUUUGUGAUAUUGUUUAGCUAAUUUCUUCCAAUAAGUAUAUAUAUAUUUUUGUUAUAUGGUGUUUAAUUUGUAACCUUAGAGAAUGUUGCCACAAUGAAAGAGCAGUGCAUUCAAAUCUCCAAAUCCAAAAUAUAUAUUCAAGGACAAACUAUAUCAAAGCAGGAAAAUAAAUGUAAGUUCUUCAAUGUCUGUUUCUGUUCAGAACUUUUCAGUUUUUUUCUGAAUAUCCUUUGAUGUAAAGUUCUGAUUCACAGUGAGUGGAAGACAUAUUGACUCAUCUUAGCAUGAUUUCCCAAACUCAUAACAACAAAACUAUCAUUUAUAAUAUCACUAAUGCAUGUAAUUAAUUACUAUAUAUGUGUUCUGUAUCAAUAACCUAAGUAAGUUCUUGCAUAUGAACUUCUAAUAUUUUGUACAUUGUAGUAAUGAAAUAUUCAAACAAUUAUAUAAAGGAAUUAAAAAUUUCACUAGGUGUAUGAUUCUAUCAUUGUAAUAAUAUUGACAUUAAAUCCUAUAAAUAUUUGGUAUCACUUAUGAAUAGAAAAUGAGCAUUAUCGUA